AUGGCUUUCAACACAUCAAGUUGCAACUAUUUCAGCAGACUGUCAGCCCUUAACAAGGGUGGUGUCUUGAAGCGAAAUCGUUUUCCCUCUCCUCCAUUUAUUUUCGUGACCGCCAUUCAUGACGAUACCAACAGAACUCAGGAUGCCAUGGCCUUGUGGGUUGAGGACUUGAAAGUAGACAGCUUUACGAUUUGCUUGAGGGAAGUCAAGAUUUUCGAUGGUCUACACAAAAACCUUAAAGUAGUAAGUGACACCGAAUUUUAUGAGGUGCUGUCCAUGAAUUGGAUAACUUUCAACAACAUCAGCGUCAACAACUUUACCUUGAUCAGUAGUUUGGUAUUUUUCAACACAAACUCGCCAUCUCCACAGGAUAAUUACACCUUCUGUCAAACUAUAAACGUCACAGAGCCUUUCUACGCUCCACCGGUUGUGUUGGUUACUGCAAAGCGAAGCACUAAAAUUAACAACUCUCUUCAAUCCGGCUCCCAAUGCAAUGCUGUCACCACCUGGGUGGAGCACACAUCUAAAACUGAGGCUCAGAUUUGCUUCAAAACAUCAAACAGCGAUUCCAACAAUAAGGACGUCAUCACCGUGGAUUACAUGGUGACUGGAGACUUGGAUCCCUGUAAUAACGUCGUUUGCCAUUAUCACUGUCUGUGCAAAGCUUUUGGGCCUUUUGAUGCUAGAUGCGUUUCUGUAGAGAGCUGUCCAUCAUAUCAAGAACCAGUCUGCUCAUCAAAUGGUUCAACAUACGAUAACGAGUGUCUGUUUCAGCAAGAAAUGUGUGUUCUUCGACUUAACUACUCUGUACAGCACCCUGGUAGCUGUGAAGGCUUUCCUUUUCAGCGCGGUCGUCGCCAAAUUCCGCACGUUCCAUUACUUGGAUAUUCCCACUGUGAAGUCAUUCGCCUUAGGCCAUUUGUGUUUUAUCCUGACAAGGCCCUCGAAGUUCAGAUCACUGUCAAUCAUAUUGACACCAAAGACAAGUCCUACGUACACGAUGCCGCUGUGUCCUGGGUUGAAAAUGUCAACAACAAUAGAUUCACUGCAUGUGUGAUGGCGGCCGGUUUCAAUGAAAGACAAUCAAAUGCUAAUGUGACUGUUGAUUGGAUGGCUUACCAAGGGGCACCUGUGGGUGGAGUUGCUGAUGAAGUGCGGUUAUCACAAUGGUGGACUGGAACGACUUGUAAAUCUGUCAUUUUUCCUUCGGGAAAAUUUUCUGUGAUGCCAUCAGUAUUUGUAACGGCUGCCCAUCGUCAUGCUGGACUGAAACGUGACGCUGCAAGUGUUUGGAUUGAAGAUGUCACGCAAUCCUCAUUCAAAGUCUGCUUAAGGGAACUUCAGAAUUAUGCAGGAUCUCACGAAGAUGUUCACGUUAAAUGGUUGGCAUUCUCAUCCCUGCACAAACCUCUCUUCUCUGAACACAACUCAGUUUAUUUUGCUAAUUCUCAAUCCCCACCUACUGAUGACAACAGUGCUUAUUGCAAGGACGUCUCCUUUACUCAGAGGUACAACAGCACCCCAAAUGUGUUUGUUUCUGCAAAUCAUUCAACCAGUGGUGGAAAUCUGCAGCCGAUACAUAAUGGGAUAACAGCUUGGGUUGAGUACAUUAAUGAGACAGGAUUCAGAGUUUGUUUAAAAGAGUUGUAUGAAACGAAGUAUGACCCCCUUUCAGUGUCCUACACUGUUUUGUCAGGUGAGAAUAUGUUUGGGUCUGUGUUGGUGGCAAAAAGAUACUUUGAUGCCUUGAAAGCCAAUGCUAAUCAAAGGGACAGUCCGCCGACAGGACUGAAUAACGAAAUACUUCAUAUAUGCGAACCAGGUUGGAGUUACUUCGACGGAUACUGCUACUUCACAAGCCUCACAUGUGCAUCAUGGCUUGCCGCUGAGUCUAACUGUUCUGCAAUGGGCUCACAGUUGGUGACUGUGCACAACCAAGAAGAAAAUGUAUACGUUCAGCAUCGACAUAAUGGAGAGAGAUCCUGGAUUGGACUCAGUGAUCGGAGCGUGGAAGGAUCAUUUGUUUGGACAAAUAAAGAAAUCAGCAAGUUUCGGUACUGGGCUUCAAAACAACCGAAUGAUUGGAACAGCCAGGACUGUGUACACACUCUUGGUGCGAAGCUUGGGUACGCUUGGAAUGAUGUACCAUGCAAAAACUGCUUCAAUUUUACUUGUUUUACAGACCUUGACGAAUGUAAGACAAGCACCCAUAGCUGUGACGAUAAUGCAAAUUGUAAGAAUACGUUUGGCUCGUAUACCUGUACUUGUAAGUCUGGGUACUCCGGAGAUGGAAAAACAUGCAAUG